UAUUUUUGUUUAUAUUUUUAUAGAAUAUUUCUCUUGAGCUUUUUGGAGCGUUUGUUCAUUAAUCUCAUUAAAUUCAAUAAUUUAAAGAUGGAAAAUGUUGACAAUGUUGGUUGGCAAGAAUUUGUGUCUAAGAGGACAUUAAAAAAUGAAAAGAAGGCAAAGGAAAUUGCUGAACAGAAGAAGCCUUCAACGUCAAAGUUUAAUGCCCGUCAAUCAAAUCGUGGAGGUGUUCAAGGAUCUUUUGUGUCUAGAGGAAAUUCGAGAAAGACUGAAAACACAAUUGUUGACAAGAACAACCCGCCAAAACCGGUUCAAACAAUAUCAAAGGUUGUUGGGUCCACAGUAAAGAAAUCUACAAAUGAGAGCAGUUUUGUUCAAGGUUGUUCUUAUUCAUCAGUGGUUAUGUCUUUAAGCAAGUCUGAAAAGCCAGCUAAGAUCACAAUUGUUAGUCAGGAGCAACUUUCACCCUCAAAUUCUAAUGGCAAUGAUUUGGAGGCAAAUAAAUCUGCAAGUUCUGGUCUUGGCGAAGAUGGAAUAAAACCGAAUGGACACUUGGAUAAUUUACAAGCUGAAGCAGAGGAAGGAAUUGAUAAUGUUGUCGAGGUUAGAUUUUUUAAAGUUAAAAAAUUUUUGGAAAAAAAUAUAUAUAUAUUUCUUUUUCGGACUCUUUGA